CAUGUGUGCUCUUGUUUGCGGGCGGAUCAGGGGUAUAAGACAUCGCAGAUUUUAACAUCGCAUCAUCAAACUAUCUCCAGACUAGCUUAGCGUUCACACCCUUGACAAUUCGUCUCUCCGAUAAACAUGUCCUCGAACAAUUCUAAUUCUCAGCGUUCCUUGACUUUCAAGGAGAAACUGCAAAAUCUGGUGGCAUCCUUCUUUCCUAUGAGCUCUUCUCAGCUACAAUCUACCGUGGAGAGAGCCGUAGAGAGUGUUCAAGCGGGUGUUCAUGCUAGAUCAUCAUCCAUCGAUGAUACUCAUCAUGGUGAAACAAGCGGGCAAGACAUAUCGAAUCCUUUUGAUGACAGUGAUGCUGUCCACAAACUCGGUCCUCUUGCCGAGAGGUCCUCUAAAUAUAACCAAUGGUUGCUAGGGGUACUUCAGAGGAAGAACUGUCGGAGGAUUCUGGAUGCCGCGUGCGGAACAGGGGUGGACUCCUUAUUCCUGCUCAAACAUGGGAUGGAGGUCGUCAGUUGUGACGAUGCUGAAGCGAUGCUGUUUUAUGCCAGAUCGGAAAAGGAACGACUUGGAUUAAAAGACUGGGAGGUCAAACGGGCUAACUGGUUGACCUUGGACAAAGACCUUGAAGGUCACGGUCAAUUUGACGCUGUUCUAUGCCUUGGCAGUUCAAUAUUACAUCUUGUCGACCGACCACCAGAACUCAAGCUCCAUCGACAAUGUCUGAACAACUUCCAGAAGUUCCUCAAACCGGGCGGCUUGCUCUUGAUCGAUCACCGUAACAUCGAUUCGAUGAUGGAUCGGGGGAUCGUCGUGAAUAAAAACGUGUAUCAUAAGGAGGAUACAUUACCGGGCGUUUCGACGAAAACCAUCACCGUUGAUGGCGUCCCAACUCAAGUGGAUAUCAUCUACGACAUGCUUAUGAAGGAUGGCGACACGGGAAACAACGGCUUCAAUAAAAUCGAAAAGGUUACCAUGCCUUUGGCUCCCGUCCAUGUUCACAAAUUUACCGCGCUUCUCAAAGACGUAUUCGGAGGAAAUUGCACAUACACCCUCUACGGCGAUCUGGAGGAAGUCAACAACGGGAACACAGAAAACAUAGCGUAUUUUCAACACGUCGUACAUGAAUAAAUAUCAUAGAAAUUGUCAUUCAAGGGGAACUUAACCCUGACAAACAGAUAAUUGUAAAAAUAGCAGAAAAAUAUUUUAAAAAUAUUGGCUUGGGGAAGAUCCAUUAAAGAAUAACAAAGUUAUUAGAAUUUUAAUUACUUGAUUUCUGACGUCAUGCAAUGUAUGGUAAAAAAGUGAUUUUCUCCGAAAAUUCAAAAUGGUUUUUAUUCUGUUUUCAGUGUAUCAAUACACAAAUGAUUUCACACCCGUUU